GUCUGCAGCACGCCCAUGGACGUCUGCUUCAUUAGCUUCUGUUCAAUCUUUCACAACCGGACGCCUGGCAACAGAUUCUUGGAAUGAGCUAUUUGCGGCAGAUUUCCGGCCAGUCCAAUCUGAACCAGAACCGAAUGAGCGAACAGACUUCAUUGCAAAGGGAGUGGUCUCCAAAAUCGGCUUGAGUUGUGCAGACUACCGGCUUUUGAAACGAGAGGAUGAUGUUCGUGCCUUCAAUGGCUUGUGGUCGACUAUUUCCUUCCGUCGACCUCGAGGCAUGGACAUCAUGUGUGAUCAAGCCCGGUGUGCAAGAAAACCCCCGGCACGUGUUGCCGAUGGUUUCUUGUCAAAAGGCCCAACUGGACAGACGCCAUAUCAAAUUGCGCUAGAGGUUCCCCUGCUCCAAAAAUUGGAGCAGCAAAAUGCAGGGUUCAUCAAAAUGCUCGUGGAGGCAGAGUCGCUAUCAUUCGUGUCAGCGGUGGCUGGCCAAAUUCUGUAUCGGGAGCAUGACCCUGCGCAUUGUUCGUAUGUGCAACUUUCCGGAUCAGUCCAGUUGUAUUCAGCAGAUCGCGACUUUUUGAAGGGUUCUGGUUGGCACCCAAUCGAGAUUACAGAUGAUGAUAAGAGCACGAACAAGCUCACCAAAAAGUCUGGCUCCCGACAUGGGCUCUGCACCCCGCGUACAGACUAUGACGCGUCCAAAUAUCCCACACUGUCAGAGUACAUGCAGAAGAGUCGCAGAGAUGAGGAAUCUUCGCCAAGGUUUCGGACCAUUGAGGGUCACAGUACAUUCGGCAAGGCGGACAGCACCUGGAGAGUGUCGGCAGCUUGCCUCGGAUUUCUGGCAGAUUCCUAUGAUCUCUUCACUAUUGACCUCGUCGUUUUGAUAUUGCAGCUGCAGCACGGGGAACUGAAGAUAUCCGCCGGAGCCAAAGCCUUGAUGGUUAGCGCGAUGCUGGCAGGAGUCCUGACGGGUCAGCUGGGCUUUGGUUAUGUCGCUGAUUGGAUGGGCCGGAAGUGGGCCUUUGUGGCAACUGCAGCUUUGACAGUCAUUGGUGCGCUGUCGUGCUCUCUUUGUCAGAAUGCAGCUGUUGUCCUCCAGAUGUCUCUAUGUCGCUUUGUGCUGGGAGUUGGUGUGGGCGGCGAGUAUCCGCUCUCAGCCACUGCUGCUCGGCUGGUCACCGCGGAGGCACUGACAGAUGCAGACAGACGUGGCCAAGCCAUGGCCUUGGUUGUAUCCAUGCAGGGAGUUGGGAUGCUGAUGUCCGCUUUGAUGGCCAUGAUGCUCGUGGGCAUGUCGCUGCCACUCGAGGCAGUUUGGCGACUACUCUUGGCUUUCGGAUCAAUACCGUCCACAGUUGCAUUUUGCAUGCGAUGGUCCCUCAAAGAAUCAGCGAUCUUUGAAAGGAGUUUGCAGACUGAGGCAGAUGACAAUUGCGUACGGUGCCGGAAUGCUCUGGACACGGUUUCCGGUUUCUGGCCAUUGUUGAUUGGUACGUCCUCUACUUGGCUGCUCAUGAACAUGUUUGCUUACAGCCUGGGAUCCUUCAAGAGCAUGAUCUUUGACGAAGCGAUUCAAUCAGGACUUGCCGCCUCGGAAGAGGUUUUUCAGCACGCGAGAUUUGCGGCCUUUACGAGCUGCUUUGCAAUUGCCGGAUUCGGAGCAGGGCUGUACUUUGUGACCGUCUCAAGUCGCUUCUCGAUGCAGCUCUAUGGCUUUUUGGCCAUCGCAAUGGUCUUCUUUGUGGUGGCCGGCUUCAUGGCUAUAGAUUCGCAGCCAUCCCUGACUUUGCAAGUUGGUGCUUUGGGUUUCAUGUUUUUGUGCCUAAAUGCUGGGCCCAACCUCACAACGUAUAUCGUGCCGGCGGAGGUCUUUCCAACUAGUGUCCGUGCACGCUGCCACGGUGUGUCAGCAGCCUCCGGGAAAAUGGGCGCCUUCAUUGGUACUGCGUUGUUCCCACUGCUGCAACAAUCUUUUGGCAUGGGCUUCGUGUACAGUGCUUGCGGCAUCGCGGCUGCACAGUCCACAAUCUCGCUGAACUUGAUGCUUCCAGUGGGCAGAUUGCCUGGAAGCAAGGGUCCCAAGGAGCUUGAACUGGAUUCUGCUUUCGGAGAGCUUUACGAGACAAGCCAUACGCCGGGAAGUCUGAUUGGCGAGUCCGCGCUGGUGGGGAAAGAGCUCUGGCAGCACAGCGCCAGGUGCAUCAAGGAUUGCGACUUUUUAGCGAUAAACGCUUCAGUGUUUCAGAAGACGCUCAAAAUGAUGCGAGAGAACCAGCGUUUCUUCGACCUCUACAUGCCUGGCCUCAACAAAAACAGAAACAUCAGGCCUCAUCCUAACGAUUUCUUCAAGCGGGAAGUGGUACCAGAAGGGGAGUGUUUGCUGGAAGAGGGCAUGGUGCUGCUUGAACCUGCCAUUUUUAUGGUGCAGCGCGGGCAUGUGGAGCUGAGAAGAUACAAGAUGUCCAGUGCAAAUCCAGCCUAUGUGCUUGCAACCCGGCCUCUUGCAGGCAAGCCCCAGAAGCUGACCACGCAGGAUGUGACAUGUUUGCUUCUUCCCGACAUUGCCAGAACAUUUACUCCAGAGCUUGACGAGGAGGGCCUGCCAAGGAUUGGCUUGCCACCACCUUUGAAAGGAACCAUGCGCCAAAAGCUUGAGGAUGAGUAUUCUGCAGAUCCGUCCCACUUUCUGCCGCCACGUGACAAGAAGCUUUCACCCGAAGAAGCCAAAGUUCGCCACCACAAGGCUUUGCUGAAGGAGCGGAUGGAGACAAACGCUUUCAGGAAGAAGGAGCGUGCUCUUAGAAGGGAAGAAGAGGUCAGAGAAGCUCGCCCACUUCGGCAGGCGCCAGAAUCAGAAGAGCACCUUCGAAGUGAACUUGAAAUUGAGCAAAUACGGGCUCUCUUGGAACACGUGACUGCGCUCUCCUCCGCAAGGCCCGGCUCUCCGGAGCAUGUCGGCUCAGGCUCCUGGAGUGAGAGGCCCGACAGGCAGUGGCUUUCACCAGACACGCUCUGCGGCCCCUACAGCCGGCCGACAUCAGCAGAUUUUUUCACGGAUCCCAUGCUGAGGUCAGAUCUUCUGCGAAACCAGGAGACCAUCAGUGUCCUGGGGAGUGGGGACAUGUUCUGCUCAUUGAGUUUUUUCCCCAUUUGGGGUGCUCCUGAACCGUUCUCAGCAGUGGCAGCAAGCUCGGAUUGCUGCGUGGUUUUUGUACGGGGAGUGCACGAGGCGAAGAGCAUUCCAAAGCUCAUUCUGAAAGAGCUUCGCAUGGAACUUGCCCGAGCCCUUCAAGCCCGACUGAAUGCUGUAAUCGAGUCAAGAUCUUCCAAGUCCAAGGAUUCCAAGAGCUCAGGCGGCGACCAUGCAUCGCCACAUGCUGAUGCUGCAGAGACUGUUGUGGAAACGGAGGAUGCUGGAGAAAAAGCUGCAGUCGAAAUGGACGCACCUGGGUUGGAAUCCUUGGCUGCCGCUUCAAGGCCGGUGGAGUCCCUGACUUUGCCCAUUCCACGACGGCCGAGCUUUCACAGCUCCCACAGCAUGCGAAGCGGGCGCAGCAAUCGCAGCAAUGCGAAAAGUGCAGACUCGCGGAGUAUGCUUGCGAGCGACCGCAGCCCUGCGGGCUCCGGCCAUCCAAGCUCUGCACCCUUCAGCAGCUUUGAGGAAGACCCCCCCCCUCGAAAGCGACGAAAGCGACAGAAGCCUGUAUCAUUCCUCAGGUGGCUCGUUUUCGGCAAGGGAACAACGACCAAGGAGCAAGGCAAUCUACCGAGCGGCCGGCACAGCGUCAGGCGUUAG